AUGACAAAUUCUGCAUCGUCUUCUUACUCUGGCUUGACUAUGUCGUCUUGCUUGACCGUACCGUCUUCUUUGACUAGCUCGUAUUCUCCGUCUUGCUUUUCUGCGGCACCUUCUUCGUCUUCUCAGAUAUCUUCGCCAUUGUCACCUUGCUUUUUUCAGAAGUAUAAACCAAUCAAUGAAACUGUCCCAGCACUCUUUGUAUUUGGUGACUCAGUAGUUGACACAGGUAACAACAACUACAUCAACACUAUUUUCAAGAGCAAUUUUCUACCUUAUGGUAAAGACUUUGGUGCUGGGAAUCAACCAACUGGAAGAUUCAGCAAUGGUUUAGUCCUCUCCGACAUAAUCGCAUCAAAAUUUGGAGUCAAGAAGCUUUUACCAGCUUCUCUUGAUCCAAAUUUGAAACUCGAAGAUCUCUUAACAGACGUAAGCUUUGCCUCCGCUGCUUCUGGAUAUGAUCCUCUAACUUCAAAAUUAGCGUCUGUGAUACCAUUAUCAGAUCAACUGAGCACGUUCAAGAAAUACAAAAAUAAGAUAAAAGAAGCAGUUGGAGAAGAGAGAAUGAAGAUGAUAAUAUCAAAGAGUGUGUAUAUUAUUUGCACAGGAAGUAAUGACAUAGCCUAUAGUUAUGCUUCAACACCAUUAAGACAAGCACACUAUGAUAUUCCAUCAUACACUCAUUUAUUAGCUUCAAUUGCCUCAAAUUUGUUGAAGGAACUUUAUGAUUUAGGAGCUAGAAGGAUUGGAGUAGUUGGUAUGCCAAAUAUAGGUUGUGUGCCAGCACAGAGAACAAUUGAAGGAGGAAUAGAGAGAGGAUGUGCAGAUUUUGAAAAUCAAGCAGCAAGAAUCUUCAACUCCAAACUAGUAUAUCAAAUGGAUGGAUUAAGAAAUAAAUUUCAAGAUGCUAAGUUUGUCUAUCUUGAUAUUUACAACUCAUUAAAGGAUGUGGUUCAAAAUCCUGCUAAAUAUGGUUUUGAAAUAUCAAACAGAGGAUGUUGUGGAACAGGAGUCAUAGAAGGAAGCAUGUUGUGCAACCGUUACACAUCAAACAUUUGUUUUAACCCUUCUAACCAUGUAUUCUGGGACAGUUAUCACCCUACACAAAAUGCUUAUAAUGUGCUUUGCUCUAUGGUCCUUGAUCACAAAAUCAAGGACUUUUUCUAGAUCAUUACUAGCUUCUAUGGCCCAACAUAUUAUUAUCAUCAUCAUUUUAAAUUUGUAAUAAAGUAUGUAAAUUUUAGUUAUAGGAAUCGUUUAGUCUCAUUUAGUUAUGAAAAAUAAUUGGUGAUUUGUAUCUUCAA